AAUGGAAAUUUACUCUUCACCGACUGCCUGUCUUGGUGUCGAAGGCGGAGUUGUAAACUAGCAGUGUAAUAAAUUAAGGCUGUGAAGUAAACUGGAAAAAGCAAAUCAAUCAAGAAGUGCGAAGUAAUUGCAAAAUACAGCGCCUGUGCCGUUUCGGUGCUGAAAGACCGCGUCUGUCUCCUCUGCCGCUGCCGCUUCACUGCCGCUGCCGCUGCACUGCCGCAUUGGCAGCCAGACUGCGAGCUGUUUUCGGAAUCCGGAAAUGAUGAAAAAUGUUUCAGGGGGAAAAGACUUGACUUUUCGAAGGAAGCGAACAAACGGCGGGCUGAGGAGCGGAGAGAAGAGAGAGAAGAAAAAGAAAAGAAGACGAGGAAAGGGAGUGACUGUAGACUUGGCGACAGCGGCGUUACCGAUGAGUAGAAAGUAAAGUGAGAAAAGACAGAUUUCAUUACAGAGAAGUAGCAAGAAAACAUCCAUAGCGAGGAUAUUGCGGAAGAUCGGCUGCGGGGAAACUACGGCUGACUGGAGAUCCUCUGCGGGAAGAGCAUGGGAGCUGGUGGGAUCUGAGCCGGAGGAGCUGGCAUGUCCGAGAGGCUCGCACCCUGACCGCCGCUCUGUCGUCCCCCCCCCAGGCUCGCACCCUGACCGCCGUGCAUGACCAGCGCUGGCCCAUGUCCCGGGACACGGUCUCGCCUUCGCAAGGGCCCGGCGGCCCGGAGACGGAGCUCCAGCGCGAAAGGCGCCCCUUUCUUUCCGGCGAGCAUGAUGAGACAGAUCAGCCAAAUGAGUCGCAGAACCCAGGGGAAGAGACAGGAAGCCUGUCUUGUGGAGAGGGGUGUGACCAGGGUCACGUGACCGGGGAAAACAUUCACAUGGAUGACCUCAUUAGAAAUCAGCCACAGCGACUGCCCCCACCUGACGGAGCCUUGGCCCCAGACCCCCAGGGUGGCCCCUAUGCUGGCCUGAGUAAUGGUAACGGGGUCCCCCCCCCGGGCACCACGCACACGGCCGCAGAGCCCAGGAAGCAGCCAUCACCUGUGUCACACAAGGUGCAGCGCAAGCUACAGUCCAGCCUGUCAGUCAGCAGCGGCGGCAGCCGGAGGAGCAAGGGCAGCUCCACAGCCUCCCACAAGCCGGGCUCUUCCCCAGAAGACUGCUGCGUCCACUGCAUCCUGGCCUGCCUCUUCUGCGAGUUCCUCAGCCUGUGCAACAUGGUGCUGGCGCAGGCAUCCUGCGGCGGCUGCAGCUCGGAGGCCUGCUGCUGCUGCUGUGCAGAUGACCUGGGAGACGACUGCAACUGCCCCUGCGACAUGGACUGUGGCAUCAUGGACGCCUGCUGCGAGUCCUCCGACUGCCUGGAGAUCUGCAUGGAGUGCUGUGGGAUCUGCUUCCCCACAUAAAGGGGCCCCACACCACCUGCUCAUGCUCGCCCCCAGUGGCCACUCCACAUUGAUUCCCGAGAAGUUCAGGAUCCCCCCCAUUCUGUCAUGAACUUCAAAGAACCACAGACAAACUCUGAAGGUCCUCAGUACAAAGAUAUCCAGAUGGUCCAACAUGGAGACUUUAUCGACUCCCGUGAUAUUGGUAACAUUUUUUACAAUAGAUAUCCUGUAUCAAAAUUAGUUUUUAUAAAGGCAAUAUAGUUUCCUAUGCUACACUAGGGCUUUUAGCAACAUGCUACAUUAGUGUAAUGUUAUGAGAAACUGUACAUCUGGUAUAAUGGGAUGGUGUGCGUGUCAGUCACAGGCCGCCUGUGCAUGGCAUGUGUGUCAGUCACAGGCCACCUGUGCAUGGCGUCUGUGCAUGGCGUGUGUGUCAGCCACAGGCCGCCUGUGCAUGGCGACUGUGUCAGCCACAGGCCGCCUGAGCUGUCCUCCACCAGCUUCAGAAGCCAAAGCACAGUGCGCAGACAGUGAUGCGGAAAUGUCCAUCUUACUGAUUCCAGAGACGCCAAAGAAUAUUCUGAAAGUCUAAGAAACAUGGAAGCUACAUGACACUGUAUCUCCUUCUAGACCAUCCCCUCAUUCUCUCGAUAGAGUAAAUCAGUAACCUUUUCUAUGAGAAAUCAGGGUUUUUAAUUGGAGUAGUUAUUGUAUUAAUUUUGGACAUUUCUGUAGCAUAGAGAGCAAAUACUGUAGAAGUAAAAAAUUAUUUUGUUUUAACAUCAUCUACUGUAGCUUGCUAAACCUUUAAAUCAUUAUCCUGACUGCUUUAGUUGCCAUAAGAAAAAGUGCAGUAACUCUACAGAAAAAUCAGCUGAGGGUCUGUGAGAUGCACGUUUUUUUGUUUGCUUCUAUGGUGAAGAGUCGGCUUCAGCCAGGAUUUUAACAUUGUGAAGUGAAACUGUUUUACUAUCAAACUAGUGGAUGAGUUUUUUAUACUAAUAAUCGAAAUGAGCUUCCUGCAGAUGUUUAAAGGAGAGACUAGUUUAUCCUCUGUGCCUCUUGGAGCAAAUUUAUUAACUCAGCAAAUGAUUAGCAGGAUGUUUGAGUAACAGCUCAGGCUACCAGCCUUUAAACUGGACUCUUGUUGGGAAUACUGGCUUCCAGGACUGAUAUUUCAGUUUAUUUUGUUUUCAGUGUUACUACGUGAAGGUUUCUCCAUUUCAGUAACGUAGUGACCUGUCUCAGGAUCAGUGAACUUUUUUUCCCCUUGUCAUAUGGUUAAUUUCCUAUGGUAUGUGUUCAAACCAAGCUGAUGUGAUUCUCAACACGCAUUUACUUCACAUUAAUCGUUAUUAUUCAAAUAAUACUUGUUGGAAUGUGUUCCUGGAAGCUGAAAGUCAUUAAUAACCCACUUUGGGGGAAUCAUUGUGACUCCAGCCAUGAUAAGUGACACUGGAUUGUGAGCAAAUCAAAGAAAUGCAAAAACGGUAUGUUUUACUGUACCGAAAAUACACGCUAAUGUGGCUCAGCAAAAAUCCCAUCACACAAGGCAAGUCUGUGCUGCUUGAUAGAAACAAUGCAAGUCAUUUGACAUACUUUACAAUAUUAGGAAGUCUUAUCUGGGAAUGUUGCGAUCAUUUUCCUUGACUGAUAUAGAACCAUAUCUCUGUGCCAUUAACAGCGUCUGUAAUCCUGUGAUUAGGACAGAGUGUCUGUUUGUUUUCAGCAGAUCAUCUCUGCAGCACAAGCUGUACACUAAUACAGGUAAAUACUAAACUAAGGCUUUUCUGUUCGAUCUCUGAUGUUUUUACUACUAGAAUUUAUUUGCUGUUACCUGGGAAAACAAGACAAAUGUGAAAGUCCAGUUUUAAAAUAGCUUAUUUAUCAGUUAUCACCAUGGAUUUCUUAUUGGGAUUAUAAAUCCGAAUGCUCUAGACGUGCAGAAUGAGCGCCCCUUGAUAACGUUAAUAGCAUUUCCUGUGUUCUAUACUGUAACUUUUGUCAUUUUGUUCUAUACUGUAUCUGACAUAAUCAUAAUCCUGCUUUUGCUGUAUUUGUCAUUUUGAGUCAUUAUGGUGAACACUAUUUGGAAAAUAAAACCGAUUUCCUUUGA